GGACCAGGGUUUCUGAUGUGCAUAGCGUUUCUGGAUCCGGGGAACCUGGAAGGGGACCUACAAGCGGGUGCCAUUGCAGGGUACUCGUUGCUGUGGCUUCUCAUGUGGGCCACCGCCAUGGGGCUGCUAAUUCAGCUCCUGUCGGCGCGGCUCGGUGUCGCCACCGGGAAGCACUUGGCGGAGCUGUGCAGGGAGGAGUACCCUACGUGUGCUAGGAUGGUGCUGUGGGUCAUGGCGGAGGUUAAUCUCAUUGGGUCCGAUAUACAAGAUGUUAUUGGCAGCGCUAUUGCCAUCCGGAUUCUCAGUAAUGGGGUCAUGCCCCUUUGGGCUGGGGUCGUCAUUACUGCUCUUGAUUGUUUUAUUUUUCUCUUUUUUGAGAACUAUGGUGUGAGAAGAUUCGAAGCUUUUUUUGGUGUUCUUAUUGGGAUAGUGGCACUAAUAUUCGCGUGGAUGUUUGUUGAAACAAAGCCCAGUGGCAAGGAAGUUCUUCUUGGCAUUUUUGUUCCAAAGCUCAGCUCCAGAACUAUACAGCAGGCUGUUGGAGUUGUGGGUUGCCUUAUAAUGCCUUAUAAUCUAUUCUUGCACUCUGCUCUUGUUCAAUCAAGGAAGAUUGACCACACCAACAAAGGACGAGUUCAAGAAGCUCUUAACUAUUACUCUAUUCAGUCCACCCUUGCGCUUCUCGUCUCCUUUGUCAUUAACAUAUUUGUAACAUCUGUGUUUGCCAAGGGGUUUUAUGGUUCUAAAAUAGCAAAUAACAUUGGUCUUGCAAAUGCAGGACAAUAUCUUCAGGAGGUGUAUGGUAGUGGAGUAUUUCCAAUAUUAUUUAUAUGGGGUAUUGGUUUAUUAGCAGCCGGACAAAGUAGCACUAUUACUGGUACUUAUGCUGGGCAAUUUAUCAUGGGAGGAUUUCUAAAUUUAAGGAUCAAAAAAUGGAUGAGGGCAUUAAUCACCCGCAGUUGUGCAAUAAUACCAACCAUGGCUGUUGCUCUUAUAUUUGAUUCCUCAAAGCAAUCACUGGAUGUUCUUAGUGGGUGGCUUAAUGUUAUUCAGUCAGUCCAAAUCCCAUUUGCACUUAUUCCUUUGCUCUGUCUAGUUUCAAAGGAGGAGAUAAUGGGCACUUUCAGAAUUGGCGUUGUCCUCAAGACUAUUUCUUGGCUUGUGGCUGCUCUGGUGAUAAUGAUUAAUGGCUAUUUCUUGAUGGAAUUCUUCUCAUCUGAAGUGAAUGGAGCAAUAGUUGGCGUUAUACUGGGUAUGCUAACCGCUGUAUAUGUUGGAUUCAUAAUAUAUCUUAUUUGGCGGGCCCUUAGCUAUUCACCUUGGAAAAAAUUCACACAAACAAAGACGAUUGCUCUCUCAGAAUUCAGAAAGUUGAGUAAUUAAUCUUAAAACCAAUGCCUAGGAUGUGCCAUUCUGCUCAAGGAUUUCAUGAGUCUCAUGUCUACUUUUACCCCUGAUCCUUUCAGGGUAUUCUCGUGCUUUUUAUUUAGAUAUCAAGUUGAUAGAGUGGGUUUGGGAACCUUAUCACCUGUAAAUUCUACAAUUAGUCAUAGUAGAUUUUAGUACUGUACUAUUUACAAAUUUUCUUGUCUCUAAUGCUUUGGAAACACACCUCUUUGUCCUUUGUUUCUACCUCCUUGUAUCUGUUUAUAUGUUCUCUAUGGUGACAGUUGUAAUCAAACUCUUCGACUAUGUUAAGAAUUCAAUGAUCCAAUGUAUUUCUUA